CGCGCGCGCUGUCAGUGGUCUCGCCGUUCGUCCAAUCGCACGGGUCCCCGGCGCGCGCGCCGCUCUCCUCCGCCUGACGUCCAAACAGCGGAGCAGAGCGGAGGCUGGCACCACCAGAGCAGCAUCAGCAGCGGAACGAGCCUUCGCCGUCCACCGACAAACGCGCAUCCAUCUCGGAGGAAACGUCGUCACACGUCUGCGGGCGAGCGGGUUUGGGAAAAGGCUCUCUGACGCACCAUGGGACCAUUCCAGGAAUAUGAGGAGAAGAAGUCGCCGGAGAAGGGGAGCUCCCGCAGCCGCAUCCCGCGCCUAGUCCCGCCUCCUUUCCGGGCCAAGGACAAAGGGUCGGCUCUGUCGGACUCGCCGUUCUCCGAGGAGGAGGGCAAGGAGGGCGACCUCAGCUCGGGCCGCUCCAAGAGAACCAUCAGCUCCAACAGCUUUUGCUCUGAUGACACCGGCUGCCCCACUAGUCAGUCUGUGUCCCCCUCCAAAACCCCGUCAGGCUCAGAUCAGAGUGCCCACGGCUCGCCCACGCUGCCUGAGCGCAAGGCCAAAGUCAAGAGGGUGAGGGUGAUGACGGAGGGGAGCGGAGAGGCCCGGAGCGCCCAGAGGCACAAGAGGGAGCUGAGGUCGGCCAUGAAAGCCAGAGGCAGUGAAGCUGAUUUUAGCUCCUCCAGCAGCACGGGGAGUCUGAAGGCCAGAGAGAGCCUCCCUCCCAACUCGGCCCUGAAGAAAGGCUCCUCCCGAAGCCGCGUCUCGCAUGUCCGGCCUCUCCCCAUGUUCAAACCGCCUGGAAGCCCCGCGGUGAACCGCGACGCGGAGCUCUACGCUCCCUACAGGACGCCCCCCCGAGCCGCCUCCUCCGCCAACAACAGCAGCAGCAGCUGCACCUCCAGCCCCACCUCCAGGCGAGUGAGUCUGGGCCGCUACCAUUCCUGCGGGGAAAACCAUGGCAUUAGACCGCCGAACCCUGAGCAGUACCUCACCCCGCUGCAGCAGAAGGAAGUGGCCAUCAGACACUUGCGGACCAAACUCUUGGAGUCUGAAAACAGAGUCCGUGACAGAGAGACAGAGGUGGAGGAGCUUAAGGCCCAGCUGGGCCGAAUGAGGGAAGACUGGAUUGAAGAGGAGUGUCACCGGGUGGAGGCUCAGCUGUCGCUCAAAGAGGCGCGCAAGGAGAUCAAGCAGCUUCGCCAGGUGGUGGAGACCAUGAAGAGCAGCCUGCUGGAGAAGGAUAAGGGGAUCCAGAAGUACUUCAUUGACAUCAACAUCCAAAACAGGAAGCUGGAGUCCCUGCUGCAGAGCAUGGAGCUGGCGCAGAGCGGCACCAGCCUCCAGGACGAGAACACCUUGGACUUCAUCUGUGACAGCGCCGGCGGCGCCGGGAAAAGGAUGGUGGGGGAGGACGAGGGCGGCAUGGAGCUGGGCGAUCAGGCGGCGGAGGCCAUGGCCGACAGCGGGCUGCUGCUCAACGACGAGAUGGCCAACCGAGCGGACAUCCUGGAGCAGGUCCUGAUGUCCACGGCCGUGGACUUCAGCCAGGACUCGAGCGCCAAGCUGACGGCUGAGGCGGCGGAAGACGGGGCGGCGCCGGGUGCGCAGCGCACGCGCACCCACCACCCAACGGAGGAGAAGUUCAUCCAGACCGACGCGUCGCCCGCGACCCAGGACCUGCAGGCUCUGCAGGCGCUGCUGCUGCAGCUGCUGAAGCUACAGGGCUCCGCAGCAGGAGACGCAGCUCCGUCGGCCUCCGGCCGCGUCCUGGCUCUAACGGAUCCGCCCGGCGCCCGCUCCGGCGCCGUGGCGCCCCCCGACUCCACGCCUCCUCAACCCAGCCACGCUCCCGUCUGCUGCUCGGCGCCGCCAGGGAGCCGGCGGUUUAUGGAGGAGCUGGACUUUGGCGCCUGCGGCACGGACGCGUGUCCGGCGGCAGGGAUGGACGCGGUCGGCAAGCGUUACUGGAGCAACAGCUUCCUGGUGGACCUGGUCGCCGUGGCAGCACCCGUGCUGCCCACCGUGGCCUGGCUCUACUCGCGACACGGCGUGGACGGGAGCGCCCCGGUGUACAACAUCGGCGCUCUCAUCAGAGGCUGUUGCAUCAUGGGAUUGCACUCCCUUCGCCACGCCGCUCACAGAGCGUGAAGGCUUCCGACCCGCAUGCACACGCCUGACCUUUAACUAAAAGCACUUAAGCAUCUUGUCAAGAAUAUUGGUGAGAUUUUGUUUUUGACACUUGAUAUCAAUGCAGUUGUUUUGUCCCAGCACAGUUAUUUUGCACUGUACAGUUGCAAUGAGUGGACGAACAAUGGUGACAUGAAGGGGAAUAUUUAUACCAGGGGUUAUUUAUUUAUGAUUUCUAAUGUAAGGUAAUCAUCUGGGUAGGCGGUUACCUGUGGUUGUCCUGUGGUGUCACUAGUCCUUGUUUGAAAGUUCUAUGUUAGAUUGAAACUUUUAGAAAGUAAAGUAAAUGUUUAUGUUCAUAGGUUUUGUUUGUUUAAAAAGAAACCUUAAACCUUCAGCCAAAGCUUUAAUGUGAGUUCCAACUAAUUUUUUAUUUUAUUUUUUUUUGUGAAGUGUAUAUAUAUUUUUGGUUACCUACCUGAGAGUAGAGCUUUAUUCGGUACAGCCUGUUAAUUGUUUAUAGAAAUAAGUUGACGCUUCAAAGCAACCGACACUUGUCAUGUGCCUGAGCUAUGUGCAAUACUAGUGGUUUAUAUGAAACGUCCUUGUACCUUUAUUAUUAAAGCAUGAUAAAUUCCA